AUGGCAGAAAUCACCGGAGUUGAAUGUGAGAAUUUUCACUUGCCUGUGCUGCCUAUAACCUGUGGACCCUCCGAGAAGUGCAUCCAGAACGCGCAGGGCCAAUGGGUCACCCCCCAGGAGUUUGAAGCUGAAGGACAACGGGGCAAGUCCAAGAGAUGGAGGCGGAGUCUGCGGUGCAGGGGCCAGACCCUGGAGCAUCUGUUGGAGGGGCCUGACUGGAAGGAGUGUGAGGUGUGCCGUGGGCAGGGGGAGCUUCUCGGCUGUGCCAGCUGUGACCGCGCUUUCCACAGGGACUGCCACAUCCCGGCCGUGGGGGCAGACAGGAAGCUGUGGAGCUGCACCUUCUGCAGGAUGAAGGAAUAUUCUGGAAACCAGCAGCAUCUCGGGAAAUCUCAGGCCCCGGCAAGGCAAAUGGAGCCAGAGGUGCAGCUAAAAUGCGAGCUGCUCCUCUUGAAGGCCUACUGCCAUCCACAAGGCUCCUUUUUCGCGGGGACCCCACACAAUAUUCGCGAUUACGGCGAGCCCUUUAAGGAAGCCAUGUGGCUGAACCUGGUGAAGGAACGGCUGGCGGAGAAAGUCUACACGGUGUCGUGGUUCGUGCGGGACAUGCGCCUCAUCUUCCGUAACCACCGGGAGUUCCACAAGGAUUCCGACUUGGGUGACGUGGGCCUGGAUUUAGAGACUGAGUUUGAAAAGAACCUGAAGGAGACGCUGACGCUUCAUGGAGCCAGUGAGAAUGGGUUCCGGGUGCCCUGACCCCAUCCUGGAAUCCUGAACCCCAAGUCCGGUUCCAAGUGACAAGGGCACUGACUGUGGCUUUCCAGGCUCUGAGGUGGUGUUGGCUGCUCGCUGGACCCAAAUCCAGCCCCUGACCACCACAACCACACCUUCUACCUCC